AUGGCUGAAAUAUACAAUCUAUCUACAGAAUUGGAAAUCGAUCCGAAUUUCUCACUAAAAUCGCUUUCUAGCUCGUUGGACGAUUUGGAACAUAACCCAGACAGCAUCCAGUCCACUUCGCUGCCUUACACGAAGUCAAUCCCCACGCUGCUUCUGUAUGAUAACAAGGGUCUCCAGCUAUAUGACGAGAUUACCCAAGGAACCUUUUACUAUCCGUUCUGGAAAGAGUUGGAGAUUCUGAGAGACAAUAAGCACCAAAUAGCCCAGAAGCUAUUCAACUCAUACAACGCUGGUACUGUGGUUGAAUUGGGCGCUGGUUCACUCAGGAAGACGUCACACCUUCUCGACGCAAUGAAUCAGCUUAGCAGAUCCAAUAAACGCAGCGACAUCAAUUACUUUGCUCUUGAUCUCGACAGGCACGAGCUCGAGCGUACGCUGGCCGAUAUGCACCAUCAGCAGCUAGACAAAGACGUCACAAUGGCUGGUCUUUGCGGCACCUACGACAUGGGAUUCGACUGGCUGUCCUCCAAGAUCAAGAAGGAGUCUGAUUCAUCAGGUGAUAGUAGCCCUGACUCCUCUGCCCCAAUCACCCCAUCUGAUCGCAAAUCCAGCGCUAGUGAUUUCGGCGACGCGCCACCACCGCGUAAAUCCUCCGUCUUAACCCCGCCAUCUUCUCCUGGUCUUGCUGGGAAGUCAGAGUCGAGCUUGAGUGUGCUGGGUGACGACAGAAACCCCCUCUCCUUCUGGCACCUCGGUUCGUCUAUCGGAAAUUUUGACAGGAACAGUGCAGUAUCCUUCCUUCAGACUGUCAGGGAAAGCCUGAGGCCUGGUUUCGAUACUCUGCUCGUCGGGCUCGACAAGAGAAAUGAGAAGAACAUGGUGAAGCGCGCAUACGAUGAUGAAUUUGGCGUAACAAAGCGCUUCAUCCUCAACGGACUUUCGCACGCUAGCCGUAUCCUCGCACCAUACAACGACAACAACGAUCAAUUACUCGAGGGCAAAUUUGAGUAUGUCUCAGUGUACGACGAGGACAAUGGACGUCACGAGGCUUACUACAAAGCCAAGGAGGCACUGACGAUUACGAUUCCUACGAUAAACGCAUUUAAUGAGCUUACAGAUACCGUUAAACAGGUUCAAAUCCAAAAAGAUGAACUACUCAAUGUCGAAUGGUCAUACAAGUACUCCGAUGAAGAAGCCAUCUCACUUUUUAGGGCAGCGGGGCUGCGCGCGACGUAUAAAUGGAGCGACAGCAAUGACAUGUAUGGAUUGUGGUUGGUAGAGCGUCCAUCAUUCAACCUCCUUCCGCCUAAUCUGCCAUCGUGGGCCAACACUACUCGCCAAUCGUUGCAGGGUGUCCCACUCGUCUCUGACUGGAUUGAGAUGUGGAAAUGCUGGGAUUGCAUAAUGGGUAUGGUACCUGAUGAGAUGUUGCACCGGAAGCCCAUAGAUUUACGUCACAUAGUGCUAUUCUAUUUUGGCCACAUUCCAGCAUUCUUGGAUAUAUACAUCUCAAACCACUUCGACACACCGCUCACAAAUGCGCGCUUCAAGGAUAUUUUCGAGCGCGGGAUCGAUCCAUCGAUGGACGACCCGAAUGUCUGUCACGACCACUCGCUCGUGCCUGAGAAGGAGGAAGACUGGCCAACUCUCGCGCAAGUGCUAGAGUUCGACGUCAGGACCAGACAGCGUCUGCUGAACAUAUACGCCGAUCUCGAUCUGGGUAAGGUGCACCUAGAUCGACGUCUAUCGCGUGUGCUGCACAUGACAUACGAGCAUAUGAUAAUGCACGGCGAGACACUUCUUUACAUGCUUAUACAGAAAUGCGAGGACAUCAACCCACCUUCCGGAUUCAGCGUGCCAGAUUGGCAAGCAUUGGCGACCAUGUGGAAUGGCAAGAAGGGGGAGGAAGCACUGAGCAAUAAUAUCUUGCAUUUCCCAGCACAGACUGUUACGCUCGGACACGACGACGCCGAGUCAGGCGAUAAGGAUCAGAAUCUCGCCAACGACCAGCCAGAGACGCACGAGUAUGGGUGGGAUUGUGAACAUGCAGCCACACUCUCCCACGUCGGAGCCUUCCGCGUCGAUGCUCUCCCGAUCCGCAAUGGCGAGUUUAGGGAGUGGCUUGAGCGUACGCACAGCACACACAUGCCUGCAUCGUGGGCAGUGCGUGAUGGGUCAACAAAGGUACGCACGCUGUACGGUCUUGUUGAGUUCGAUGUUGCACAGCACUGGCCUGUCCAGGAUAGUCUGGAGUGGCUGGAGAGAUAUGCGCACGAUAAAGGCGGUAGGAUCCCGAACGAGCCCGAGUUGAAGGUGCUGAGCAGCGUCACGGCCAACGACCAUCCUGCAGCUAAUGUCAGCUUCGGUAAUUGGCACCCCGUUCCUCCUGCUCCACCAAGCCGCGUCGGCAAAGGACAUAAUGGGGGCGUGUGGGAGUGGUCGAGCAAUCCGUUCGAUAAAUUGGAAGGAUACGAGCCAAGCAAAUUGUAUCCAGGCUACUCGAACGAUUUCUUCGACGGUGCUCAUUAUACAGUCUCAGGAGCAAGUUAUGCAUCCGCGGGUAGGAUUGCUGAGAGAGCGUCGUUCAGGAAUUGGUACCAGAAGCCAUAUCCUUAUGUCUUUGCAGGUGCCAGAGUUGCGUACAGUGUAUGA